GACGCUACUCCGACCUGAAUUCUUACCUGCCAACUUCAAUAGCUCCAGUGGUUAAUGUGAUUAAAGCUUUGCAGUAACUUAGAAAACAAAGUUGUCUAUAAUUGCACUCACUGAACCAUUAAUCUUUUUUUUAACACUUCAGUUUGGGGAAAAUACCAAGUUUGAUCACUGGGUUUAUUAAAACAUGUCAUGUUUAGACACUGGAAAAUUAAUAUCAAUAAUGGUCAAUAAAUUUAGUAAAACAUGUCAUGUUUGGUCACUCUCCGUUAGUUUCCAUCCAACUUCGUUAAUAAAGUCCGUUAAGUCAUGACAUGGCAACAGAAUCGUCUAAUCAGUAGAAUUUACCCAAAAAUUUCUAUAAACAGCUCGCCACAUCAUCACAACCCGCCAUGUCAUUAAAACCCUAACUCAACCCAUUUCCUAAACCGAUAACCCAUGGCGGAACACUCGUCCGACACUAACCUCAAAUUCACCAUCGUCGUCGCACAUCUCUUCCCUAUCCUCUGAUACUGCGUCCCUCUACUCACAAUCAUCUCCCGUCAUCAACACCUCUGACCAGAAUCGCCGCCACCAAUACAAUGGCCAAGUUAUCGCUCGCUCCCUCUGCUCUCACGGAACUCCUCUUCCUCCGACCUCGAAACCCAACUCUCCCACCUCACCUCCCACCCGGCUGCCGGCAUUUGCAUCAUCUUGGCCCUUCCCUGCCUCUCUCAUCAUUCUCUCUUUCCCAUUUUUCUAACCCAGAAAACCAAAAACCCCAAAUCCAUCCAUAUCGUCCAUCAAAUCCACCUGGUGUACUUGAACUCUAACUCUAUAUCUAUCUAUUUCCUUUUCACCACCCAAAUCACAAAUCCACUCCCCAAUGCAGAAAAUCAUCACCAUCUUUUCAUUUUUCCAUAUCGGAAAACCUUCACGGCAUCCCAAAAGAAGCAGAGAGACGAGGAGACCAGGAAAUGAUAGCCAUGAGGAAGAGAAGUAUAUCUCAAAUCUCCGCAUCCCUUGCCGUCGUAGAGUAGCGAAAGAAAAAGACAUCAAAUCAGCUGGAUCUUCAAAGCUCUAGCAAAAUCUAUUAUCAUCAAAAUUUUGCCCACAAAAAUACAGAUGGCCCAACGUAAGAUAAUCCCCAACCCUAGUCGCAUUACCACCUUGAGUGUAUAGUCUUCGUCAUCGAGAAACAUCGGGAAAGAACAAUAACCUCAAUAAUCAACACCUGCAUGUUAGAUCAGCAUUUGCCAAACUGACUGAGACAAUAGAUGCACCCACAAACACGGCAACAAAUCCACCCACGAGGCAAAGAUCAAGAGAAUUAUUGUUGCUUAAUGAAUCAAACCAUGAAAGAAAGAGAAACAAUCCCAUCUCAGUGGACAUGCCCCACCAGCAGAUCCUUGACCACCGCUCGGGAAAAGAACUGAAGAGGAAGCGACAUGCAGAACAGUCGCGAACAAGGCUUUUUCGUCUUCAAGAAACCACGUUGGGUCCGAACCGAAACAUGAGCGGUUGCAACAUCUCCGGAUCUCACGAAGACAUUGUGAGAAACAAAGAUGUAGGCUGGAUGAAUGGAAAGAUGAAGAACAACUAGAGUCAUAAGACAACAACUCCUUUGACACCAAGACAAAAGGGUCUCCAGAUAUGGAAUCAGAAUAUAGAGUGGAGAAAAUCAUCUCGAAAAGAGAGAUUUGAGGAGAAACCCACAGAGGGAUUAGCAAGAGCAAUAGCAGUAGAAAAAAAAAACCAAGCAAGAUUCGAAAAUUGGAUAGAAGGUAGAAAAAUGGUUGUCGUCAGUCACCACAAGGUGAACCGACGGUCCCCCUCAAUGGCCAACGAAGGUGGAGGGAAAAGAGAAGUUAGAGCAUUUCAAAAGUAGAGAGAGGCUCUUAAUAACGGAAAUCUUAAGUG